UGGCCAAGCCCUACCACUCCAGGUUGCCUCCUCCAGCAACCGCUUCCCGUCUGAAUUCCCAGCUUCCCAGUUGCUUCCCCGAGACCGUGGGAGAGCCUGGGCUUCUCUGGCUGGCUGGCAGGUCCACACUUGCAGGAGUGAGUGGCUCAGCAGGGCAGCUGUGGGCUUUACAGACCUGCCUUCCGUCCUGCGCCCUGCCACUGGCCUGGGGGACCCAGUGCCUCAGUCUCCUUCUCGUAAUGUGGGCACAAUAAGAAUUACCCUCAGAACAUCUUCAAGACCAGAAAAUGUCAAAAGGGACCUGAGAUAGCAUUGUCACCACUUAAAUGGAAGCUAUGAACUGAGAUCCCCGUGCACCAGACAGGUGCUCUCAGCAGUCACUAGGCUCCAAAGAGGAAACUCGGGGCAUGCUCAGAGACAUUUUCAAGAGCGCUGAUUUGCCCUCCAAGUACAGAUUUCUACUCAGUCCCUGCACCAGCGGCAUUUCUGUUCCGUCGUGUGGCCCUCAUCUCAUCAGCACCGGAGAAGGCUGAAGCUCGGGUCCCUGCCUGCUCUGUGGACUCACAGUUUGUGGCAAGACAAGCUCAGAACGGAGAAGUCGUCACCACAGGUAGCUUGGAGCUCAGCUGAGCAACCAGCACCAUCCGGUCACGAUGGUGGACACAGAAAGCCCGCUCUGCCCCCUCUCCCCACUCGAGGCUGCCGAUCUAGAGAGCCCGUUAUCUGAAGAAUUCCUGCAAGAAAUGGGAAACAUCCAAGAGAUUUCACAAUCCAUUGGUGAGGAUAGUUCUGGAAGCUUCAGUUUUACGGAAUACCAGUACUUAGGAAGCGGUCCCGGCUCAGAUGGCUCGGUCAUCACGGACACGCUUUCACCAGCUUCAAGCCCCUCCUCAGUGACUUGCCCUGUGGUCCCGAGCAGCGUGGACGAGUCUCCCAGUGGAGCACUGAACAUCGAAUGCAGAAUCUGUGGGGACAAAGCCUCGGGCUACCAUUACGGAGUCCACGCCUGUGAAGGCUGCAAGGGCUUCUUUCGGCGAACGAUCCGACUCAAGCUGGUGUAUGACAAGUGUGAUCGCACCUGUAAGAUCCAGAAAAAGAAUAGAAACAAGUGCCAGUAUUGUCGCUUUCACAAGUGCCUUUCCGUUGGGAUGUCACACAACGCGAUUCGUUUUGGACGAAUGCCAAGAUCUGAAAAAGCGAAACUGAAAGCAGAAAUUCUUACCUGCGAUGAUGACAUAGAAGAUUCUGAAAGCGCAGAUCUCAAAUAUCUGACCAAGAGAAUCUACGAGGCCUACCUGAAGAACUUCAACAUGAACAAGGUCAAAGCCCGGCUCAUCCUGGCAGGAAAGGCCAGUAACAACCCACCUUUUGUCAUACAUGAUAUGGAGACCCUGUGUAUGGCUGAGAAGACACUGGUGGCCAAGCUGGUGGCCAAUGGCAUCCAGAACAAGGAGGCAGAGGUCCGCAUCUUCCACUGCUGCCAGUGCACGUCGGUGGAGACCGUCACGGAGCUCACGGAAUUCGCCAAGGCCAUCCCAGGCUUCGCAAACUUGGACCUGAACGAUCAAGUGACGCUGCUAAAAUAUGGCGUUUACGAGGCCAUAUUUGCAAUGCUGUCUUCUGUGAUGAACAAAGACGGCAUGCUGGUAGCAUAUGGAAAUGGGUUUAUAACUCGUGAAUUCCUGAAAAGCCUGAGGAAACCGUUCUGUGAUAUCAUGGAGCCCAAGUUUGAUUUUGCCAUGAAGUUCAAUGCACUGGAACUGGAUGACAGCGACAUCUCCCUCUUCGUGGCUGCUAUCAUUUGCUGUGGAGAUCGCCCUGGCCUUCUAAACGUAGGACACAUUGAAAAAAUGCAGGAGGGUAUCGUGCAUGUGCUCAGACUCCACCUGCAGAGCAACCACCCGGACGAUAGCUUUCUCUUCCCGAAACUUCUUCAAAAAAUGGCGGACCUCCGGCAGCUGGUCACGGAGCAUGCACAGCUGGUGCAGAUCAUCAAGAAGACGGAGUCGGACGCCGCCCUGCACCCGCUGCUGCAGGAGAUUUACAGGGACAUGUACUGAGGUCCCUCAGAUCAGCCACACCUUUUCCAGGAGUUCUGAAGCUGAUAGCACUACAAAGGAGAAGGGAGCGGCACGAUUUUGCACAGAUAUCCACCACUUUAGCCUUAGAGCUUGGACAGUCUAAGCUGUAGGUAACCGGCAUAUUAUUCCACGUCUUUGUUUUAACCAGUACUUCUGAGAGUGUAGAGCUCAAAUUCUGGUGGUAGGCGGCUAAUAAUCUCAGGACCGGGAAAAUUAAGGAGAAUGAUGCUCAAUGGUCUGAUUUUAACUCACCUGAUGUUAAUCGAUGCACAUUUCUUUAGAUCACGUUCGUGAUUUACCGUUUAGUUAACCGGUAUCCUCAGAAUCCAUGGCCUGUCUUCCCAUUCGCCCACGUUUUGACAUUGUGCUCCUUUGUAAUUCUGAAAAUUAAUCAGCACUUUUAACAACGUUUAUAAUCCUAUAAGUCUAGAUGGAGCCAAAGGUGAGGUAUGUAAAAAGCAGCAAAAUAUUUAUUUCAAAGACUUCACUUCUGUUUCCUGACUCUAAAGAAAGACGACACGCUGCUUUUCAAUCACAGGAUGGAGAAUUUUAAAGAACUGUCGGAUAAGCUAUCAAAAUGCAGCUGUUGCUUUGUUUCUGGUUCACUGUUUUCGUGGUUGUAACUAAUAUGUGGGAAAGCCCAUUUCCAGGUUUGCGUAGGAGAGCCCAGAAAAUGGAAUCUCAAGACCCCCAUCUGGACUGUCGCAAGCUAGUGCCUGUGGUAAGCAGGACAAGACAAGCUCCCGAAGCCCACCAGCUUCCUGCUCCACUCAGCUCCGUCCUGUCGACCUGAACCCACCCAGUCCGGCUGUCUGUGGGCAUGGUGGUAUUCUUAGAGGCAGACUGACGCCUUACUUGUAAACGUUCCUCUGGGCCCUAUUUGGCAGCUCCCAUGUCUUUCGUUAUGUUGCUUUUAAAGAUAUGAUGCUUUAUUGUUUUAACUGUCGGUGAGAGUAGAUGCUCUCUCGAGCGGAGACGAGGCACACGUGACUUCAUAGCUGGGCUGGGUGGGAGCUGGUCACCCUGUGGAUCUAGAGAGGGGGUAGGGUCUUCUUCAAAUGGAAGUUUUUGUUUUUUUUUUUCCAAUGGCAGAUUUCACAAGAGUUGGUUAUUUUUUACAAUGGUUUAGGCUAUUAAGUCUCCUUUGUAUAUAAGCUAGUUUUUUCAACAUCUAAAAUAUUUGUUUUAGCCUUCAAAAUCAACUUAUCCACCUCAGUCCAGUUGGGAAGUUUGUCCAGUAUGGCAGUUUGUCAUGGACCCGGAAGCACUUUCUGUCUGUGUCCCCCUGGUAGAUAAAUUGUCCCACUGAGAAUUUUCAGAUCUGGACUGAGCCUGCCAGGACUACCGCCUCCAGGGAGUAGCUGGGCACCUGGACGUAUCGUCCGUGCUGCGUCCCUCCUUUAGAAAAUCGGGCUUUUCUGAGGUCAUUGUUAUCUUAAGAAUGAUUAGGAUGAUAAGGGUCCCGUGACCAGCACUAUGAAAAUGCAAGAGCGGGAAGUACCCAGUGUGAGACUUCCACCAGAAAUGAGUGAAAGCUGGGAUUAGGACACCCUUUUUUAAAAAAUCACACAUUUAGUCCUGUUUUGGUUUUUGCAAUCAGGCCAGGCGCAGUGGUUCACACACGGAAUCCCAGCACUUUGGGAGGCCAAAGCAGGAGGAUCACUUGAGCCCAGGAGUUGGAGACCAGUCUGGGUAAUGUAGCAAGACCUCAUCUGCAUGCAACAUUUAAAAGUUAGCUGAUGGUGCUGGCAUACACCUAUAAUCCCAACUACUCUGCAGGCUGAGGUGGGAGGAUUGCUUGAGCCCAGGAGGUUGAGGCUGCAGUGAGCUGUGAUCUCACCAUUGCAUUCCAGCCUGGGUGACAGAGUGAGAUUCCACCCCUAUCCCUGGCAAAAAAGAAAGAUGUAAUCAAAGGGCCUGUUGGCCAGCAACAGCAGCGGCAGCAGGCAGUCUGUCCAAGUGUUUUAGGAAUCAGAAGCAAAUAAGAGUGUUUGCAUAUAUGCCACCAGUGAAGUGGCCAUCCGAAUUCAGAAAGAAGCUAGCCUUUGAGAGGCAAGGUGCAUCCAUUUCAAUAUUCUUUCCUAAAAUGAGAAGCCUGCAUGCUGAUGAGACCCAGGGGCUGGAGCCCAAUGCCAAGCCUGCGUUGUCUCCAACGACCCUGCAACCGCUCGCUCUAAUGUGCCCUAUGCCACUAAAGGUGACAUGGCCCAGGAGCGUGAGCCUCGAGGUUUUCAGAUAAAUCAUUGUUCUGCUUAAACGUUCAUAAAACUUGUUUAAAAUACCUCCCUGUCUCAAACUUUCAGCAGUAACAGCAAGCUGACUGCCAGGUUCUACUUUAGCUCAUGGGGCGCUCAGCAGCAAUGGUGAGCAUCUGGUUUUCUUAAGGCCAGCAAGACUACCAGGGACAUCUCUGAUGAAGCUGGAAUGGAGACCAGUGACCUCAGGCUGAAAGUCACUCGACAUUGGUCUGUUGUGUUGACAGGAAAGCAAAUCACACAUUCCUAUUUCUUUAAGCAACAAAACCACUAAUCGCCACUCAGUGCUAGAAUAUUUUGGGUCAUCUAAUCAUAGAUUUCUCAGGGCAUGAAUACUGAAUUACAGGCUGAUCACGCACCAGUUCAAAUGGGAACUAUUAACGGAGUGUGUUUCUUGCUUGCUGGGUUUCAACAGACAUCAGCCAAAAGUACAAAAGAGAUGUCAGGAUAGAUUCCAGGAGUGUCAGAGCGCAUGUGUGGCACCCAUUCCCCCUGGCAGCCAAUGCAGGAAGUCGCCAGCUUUACCCACUCUUCAACAAGUCAUUGUU